AUGUCAGGCAUCAUUCCAAUCACACUCGUUGGUGCAACCGGUCUUACUGGUACUGAAGCACUCAAAUCUAUCUUAUCCUCCUCACAUCCUUUCAACCUUACAGUCUUGACUCGUCGAUCAUUGCCCCAAACCCCACCUUCUUCAAACUCGCAAACUUCGCUCAACACUAGACUUUAUACCAAUCUCUUCGACGCUCCAACCGAUGGGCAGAAGAUCGCUGAGCAAGGUGGCAUCUAUGUGUCAUGCUUGGGAACAACAAGAGCUACUGCUGGAGGUACCGCCAAUCAAGAAAAGGUCGAUUUGGACUUGAACAGGGAUUUGGCAAAGAAAGCGAAAGAGGACGGUGCUGAAACAAUGAUCCUUGUUUCAUCCGGUGGAGCUGAUCAUACUUCCCGUUUCUUCUAUAUGAGAAUCAAAGGUCAAUUAGAAGAAGAUAUUAAAGCUAUGGGAUUCAAGAAGGUCAUCAUUCUUAGACCAGGUGCACUUCUUGGAGAGAGAACCGAGAACCGAACUGGAGAAUGGCUCAUGCAAGGUGCUUUCAAGGGACUCAAGAAGAUUGGUAUGAAUUACAACAUGUCUACUUAUGCGGAUGAUGUUGGAGCAUGUAUCGCACAGCUCGCAGCCAAUCCACCUAGCGAGAAUGUCCUCACCUUGACCGACGAUAAAAUUGUUUCUUACGCCAAGCAAUUCAAACAAUCCAAUUCUUCAUCGACGAUUUAG